UUGUUUGGUGGUGUCAGGAUAGAGUCUAACGCUGUCCAUGCUUAUGGUGCUUUGUUUUAUAAACAUGAUCCUUUAAAUGUGUCUCAGUGAGAAAAUGGCGCCGUGUUUAAAAAGCGACAGGAAUAAUGAGGACUGGAUGAAAAGUCUACCUGAAGACCUGUGGGACAUUCCUUUAACUAACCUUGCCAUACCAGGGAGUCAUGAUGCGAUGAGCUACUGUCUGGAUAUCACCUCUCCCCUACUCCGAUCUGAGUCUGAUUCCUUUAGACUCCUGGACAGAGUUUUCUACUGUUUUACUCGCCCCAUCAUUUACAAGUGGGCUACUACCCAGCUCAUAAAUAUUGUAGAGCAACUGCAAGCUGGCGUCCGAUACUUCGACCUCCGAAUUGCACAUAAGCAGAACGACAUGUCACAGGACCUUUACUUCACUCAUGUGAUCUACACCCAGGUCACAGUCGUGGACACGCUGAACGCAGUCGCCUCGUGGCUCUCGGCCCACCCCAAAGAGAUCAUCAUCCUGUCCUGUAGUCAUUUUGAGGGCUUGAGUGAAAAACUGCACGAGGAACUUAUUUAUUCCCUGAAGAAAAUCUUUGGCUCUAAACUUUGUCCUUCAAAGGCUGACAUCACCCUGCGAGGCCUGUGGUCAUCAGGAUAUCAGGUGGUGAUCUCAUACGAGGAUCAGAGCGCAGAACAUCAUAAGGAGCUGUGGCCUGAGAUCCCGUACUGGUGGGCAAACACAGCCGACGCAGAGGAGCUUAUCCAGUACCUCGACUCGCAAAAACAGCUCGGUCGUCCAGAAGGCUUUUUUGUCGCUGGUCUGAACUUAACCGCGGACCGAUGCUUCAUCGCCUCGAACCCACGGGUCUCCCUGCAGAGCGUAACCCUGGAGCAGUGGGAGUGUGUGAGGAGCUGGCUGGAGGAUCAGAAACCCGGAGCUGACUUGACGAGCCUCAACAUCAUCGCAGGAGAUUUCAUUGGCUCGAUCCCACUUUGCUCCAUGAUUAUCGCUUUAAAUAAAAAACUGCUAGAACUCGAAGUUCCUUAACGGCGGACAUUAAACAAUAACUUGUUCAAGCCGUCUAAAUGACGUGGAACCAUGCACAGAACUUUUACACUGAUCUUUAUUAUGAAUUGUUUAUCGUUGAGCCGAGAAGGAACAGCGACCGAAACGGAGACUCUGUUAUUUUUGUACAAUUUUAUUUACUUUGCUUGUGAAAAUAACCCUGUGAUAUUUCUAACACUUUCAUAAAUAAAUAAAUAUUCUCUCA